AUGGCCACAACAAGCAACGUGGCGCCCUCCAAGGUCGGGGUCAUCUCGAUCGGCGACAUGGGCGUUGGCAUCGCCAAGCUUCUCGUUGCCAAAGGCUUCCGUGUCGCAACCAACGUCAAAGGACGCAGCGAAGACACCGUCCAACGCGCCCGCGACGCCAACGUUGAACUCUUGGACUCGGACUUGGACCUGGUGUCCCAGUGCGCCGUCGUCCUCUCCGUCGUCCCUCCGCGGGACGCCGAGGCGACGGCGGAUCGCAUCAUCGACGCCCUCGCCGGCGUCUCGCGCGAUGCGCCUCUCUACUUCGUCGACAUGAACGCUGUUGCGCCCUCGACGUGCAAAUCUGUUGCCUCGUCCUUCGCCCGCGCCCGCGUCCCCGCGCUCUUCGUCGAUGCCUGCAUCAUCGGCGCCCCGCCCCGCCCACAAUCCGCCCCCAACGCCGGCACCAACGUCUCCUCAUCCACGCCUCCACAGGGCGAGGACGGCGACGACGGCUGGUACGUCCCGGGGAUGCCCAUGUCCGGCCCGCAUAAGCUGGCCGACCUCUCCCUUCCGGGGACAGAGGGUCGUGAGACGGAGACCUUUGGCGCCCGCCUCAGCGCCGUGCUCGGCGGAAACCACAUCUCCCCCGACGUCGGCGCCGCGAGCGGCCUGAAGAUGUGCUUCGCCUCCAUGACCAAGGGAUUCACCGCCAUCGCCACGCAGGCAUUCACGAGCGCCCAGCGCAUGGGCGUCCUGGACCACCUGCGCAGCGAGCUUUCGGUGCGUCUGCCAGGCAACCUUGCUCGCGCUGAGAAGGGCAUCGUAUCGAUGCCGCCCAAGGCGUAUCGAUGGGUUCGCGAGAUGGAGGAGAUCAGUAAGACGCAUGCUGAGGAGGGCGGCUUCGGGCCCGAGCUGUUUAUGGGUGCGGCGGGGGUGUACAGGGCCGUGGCAGAGGACUCUCCGCUCGGAACGGAGAAGAUUGGCAAGAGGAAGAGGGGCACAACGGUGGAGGAUGUGGCGGCGGCGUUGACUGAAGGGUUCGAGAGGAAGAAGAAGAAGACGGAUUAA